AACAUUAUCGCAGCCACACAUUUCAAAACUCUAUUUACAAAAGUAACUAAUCAGCUGACAGGUAGUCUAGAGUUGCUAUCAACACACUAACAAGAAAUAUCUUACAACACAAAUUCUUUUAAUUUCUUGUAAAUAAAAUACUUCAAAAGUACGUUACAUUUUUAUGUAAUCACACACACUCUUCUUAUAAUGGUGGUAAUAAUUUUUUAACGUUAUAAACUAUAGCGUAUUUAGUUUUAUAUGGAAAAUAAUUAUUCAAUAGUAAAUUUAUUUAUUGACAUAUCUAUUGGUGGCUCUGGACAGGACCAGAAUCUGGCGUGGCGGCGACAAAUGGUACAUAGAGUUACGAAGUUGGUAAGCCUAGCACUCGCGCAAGUUAGCUUCUGCUAGAUUACAAAAACAAUCAGGGAAGAAGAAAAAUUUCUCUUCACGCUGUCACGUUCACACUCCUGAACACAAGAGUGAACUACAUUAAAUUAAAGACUUCUGAGUGUGGCAGUGGGCAAGUGCAUCUCGUUAUCAAAGCGUUGUCAGCAUUCGUAUAAUCACCAGAACGUGUCAGCUGGCCACUUUUUAACAACCUUCUGUUUGGGAGGUGCCCGCGGCUUUCACCGGCGGCGCGCGCAGCCGGACACCACGACACCACGACGUCACACGUCACAGGGCGGCACGGCGAGCUCGGCCGGACAUGGCGGCGGCGUUCUUCUUCACGGGUGGUGAUGAAAGCAGUGCGGCUAUGAAUCACAGUGGGAUGAAUCAUGCUGGAAUGGAUCACAGCUCAAUGGGUCAUGCUGGGAUGGACCACAAAGCAAUGGGUCAUGUUGGAAUGGACCACAGCUCCAUGGAUCAUGCUGGGAUGGACCACAGCUCCAUGGAUCAUGCUGGGAUGGACCACAGUGCAAUGGGCCACAGUAUGUCGAUGGCAUUUCAUUUUGGCUACACGGAGACUGUCCUAUUUGAUAGUUGGAAGAUCAACGGUGUGGGUGGGUUAAUAGGAUCAAUGAUUGGAAUAUUCAUCAUGAGUGCAUUAUACGAAGGCCUUAAAUAUUACAGAGAGUACCUGUUCUGGAAGUCCUACAAUGCCUUACAGUACAGAGCUGUUUCCUCCCCGAUUGACAAAGGAGUUGCCGCAGACGAUGCCAGGACCAUGCAUGUUGUAGGUGAGGUGCUUCAUAAGCAACCACCCAGCAUGUGCACGCCGGUACACUGCUUCCAGACACUGUUACACGUGGUGCAGAUAAUCCUUAGCUACUUCCUCAUGCUCAUAUUCAUGACGUACAACGUGUGGCUGUGCUUUGCCGUCGUGGUGGGCGCUGCCACCGGCUACUUCCUGUUCGGCUGGAAGAAGUCCGUCAUCGUCGACGUCACGGAACACUGUCACUAGCGCAACCACCACCGCUUCGCCCUUCAAGCUUUUAUACUGUUAUUUUUGAAGGAAAAACAUUAAAUACGUAUAUCUUUUUUUUAAAGAUGUUAUAUUUUUAUAUAUCCCAAUAAUGAGCUUGUGCCUCUUUUAGAUGGUUUUUACUGUACUUGGGGAAUCUAGUUAUUGUCUGUUUGUUCAGGCAAGGCAAACUGACAAUAAUAAUUUAUUGAUCUGUUUCAAUAUGUUGCAUGUGGUCCAUUGUUGUGAUUGUUUAAGUUCGACUUGUAAAUCGGUGACACUGCUCAUUCUAUGUAAAUUUUAUCAUGACAUUGAAUAUAUUAUUGUUUUGAAA